UUAAAGUGUUGUUGGAGACACUUAAUACAUCUCCAUUAAAUAUUAUCUUCUGUUCAUGGACUCCUCUUGUAAUAUUAUUUGUAGGAUGUAUUGCUGGACAACUUUUUUGGGUCUUCCCCUCUGAAAAAUCAGUGGAGAAUAAUAUAUGAAUUUAUGAAGGAACAAGAUAUGCUAGAUGCUACUUCUCCCAAAUCAUUUCCAACAUUUAGUGAGACAAAACACAGUAUCUUGUGUUCUGAACUGAAGCAACUAUAUGUAGCUAUCACUCGCACAAGGCAAAGGCUAUGGAUUUGUGAGAACAUCGAUGAACUAUCCAAGCCUAUGUUUGAUUAUUGGAAGACAUUGUGCCUGGUCCAAGUGAAGCAACUCGAUGAUUCACUCGCACAGGCAAUGCAAGUUGUAAGCAGCCCAGAGGAGUGGAAGUCACGGGGUAUAAAGCUCUUUUGGGAAAAUAACUAUGAGAUGGCAACAAUGUGCUUUGAAAGAGCUGGAGACACAAUGUGGGAGAAAAGGGCUAAGGCUACUGGCCUUAAAGCAUCAGCUGACCGUUUGCGUGGUUCAAAUCCUGAAAUGUCUUCUACUGUACUUAGGGAGGCUGCUGAAAUCUUUGAUUCGAUUGGUAGGACCGAGUCUGCAGCAGAAUGUUUUUGUGAUCUGGGGGAGUAUGAAAGAGCAGGUAUUUGUUUUUUCCUUAUUUUUAUAAAAGUAGAAUUUAUUUGGAAAAAUGUGGGGAAUCCAAGCUGA